CACGACAUUAUCGGUUUGUUUACCAACACCGAGAGAGCAUCAGUUUGUGAUAGCUGGUAGAAAAUAAUCUCCAGUUUAGAAACGGUUCGAGGCAACGCAGUGAAUAACCGCAGCUGAUGGAGCCUGGAUGACGCUGUCCAUGGUGCUGAAAAUGAUUCAGCGGCUUUUACUGGGACACAGCUGAAAACCAGCAUGUUAGAGACUGGACUGUAAGGAACUACUCUACACGACAGGUUCAUAGUCAGGUAUCUAUAGAUGUUUACCCCCCAUAAAAACUACCAAAGCUUGGAUUGGACUAAUUUAAGACUGGAUCUCUCAUGUCUUUAACCUGCAUCCAAGGGAAUUAUUCUAUUUAUAAGGCUCCUCUUAUUUACAGCCAAUAUCAGGGAGCAGGUUGUAGGAAAAACGUCCCAACUGCGGCCAGACGGUGAACUGGAGUCAUUUGAAAAACUGCUGAGGUCAGAUGCAAGGACACUAGCAGAAACUUCAGGAGGAUGACUUCUCUAAGGUUCUGUUAUCUGGUGGUGAGAUGUACAAUGAGAAGCCACGAUGAGCAUUGAUCUAAGUCACAUGUCGCAGCAUUUGUCAUGUUUUUUACCUGAGGAACCAGAGAUGCCUCGAAACUGUGUGAACAACGCAGCAGGUGCUGGUCGUAUUUCUUGCUGCCUGGAGACUCUACAUGUCUUGUGAGUUAAAUGUCCAUCCAUCCAUCCUCCAAGUCUCUGGAAUUCUAUUGAAAAGAUGAACACUAUUCGUCCAAAAGGUGGAGUGCUGCUCCUCAUCUGCUGUUUCAGGAAAUGAAGCUUGGAUCCACUUUGCAGCAGGAGCUAACGCAAUCAACAACACGAGCAUGCCCGUUUCCUGGAAGUCAUGGGCUAGCCUCCUCCACAUCAGUCUGUUACUGUGUGCAACUGGAGUGGUGUCAGAAGAGGUCCAGCUGGAGCCGCUGAAUUCAACAGUGCUGGAAGGUUCUGAAGUCCGAUUCAACGCCACGGUGGUGGGAACAUGGCAGAUCAUGACAUGGACUGUUCAAGAGUUCCUGGUCCUCACUCUCUCUAAAACAGGUGAUAUAACCCCAUCAUCAGAGCAGUUUUCUGCCAGAUUCUGCUCCAGUGACAACAGCUGUGUGGAGUUCACCAUCCAUAAUGUGACCCGAAGUCAAUCCGGGUCGGUCACCUGCACUGUGCAAGGAAACUUCGGACCAAAGACAGCACAGCUUUAUGUACAAGAGAGUGGUGCAGUCAGCAUUGUGGGAGGAAACAUGACAGUGAAUCAGGACCAGCAGGUGGAGUUUCAGUGUGUAACAACUGCCUGGUUUCCUGUUCCCACUGUCAGCUGGACACGAAAUGGUGCAGCUGUGAACAGCAGCUUGUACAACACUACCAGCGUGGCUGAUGGGGAUUCCUUCAACUCCACCAGCAUCCUGCAGUUCCAGGCAGUCAGCGACACAACGGUCACAUGUCUGGCAACUGUGCCGACACUUCCAAACCCACAAUCCAGCUCUGUCUUCUUACAAGUUGUUCCCAAACCCCCUGACUGGACUGUGCUGAUAGCUGUGGUCGUGUCCUUUGGAAGUGCUGGUCUUCUGGCUUUUCUCAUCAUCGGAAUCAUCUUGUGCUACAAACGCAGGAAAGAACAAAAACCCAACUACCAAGAUGACAUGAGGAGAGUGAGGUCACAGAGCCAGCUGAGUGGCGUCAAUGCAGCUUCACGGAAACGGGGAGAAGAUAACACAGCAUAUGUACCAGAGGAUCAGACAAGUGUUGCUCCCAGUGACGUCAUUGACAGGGGCUUUUUUCAGAUGCCAGAUAUUGUGAACAUCACCCACACAGGGACUGGCAGCAGCAGCACCGACAACAUUGUCGAUGAAUCCGGCUUCAAGAAACACAGACAUGUCACCAUUGUGUGAGCACAGACAGAGGACCAACAAGUCUGCGAUGGGAAGAACUUGUACAUCACCUGAAACCUUUUCUGCCCUGGUUUCUAAAGUGCAGAGAAUGUUGUGAAGAAGGACUGGAUCAGCUCAGACUAAAGGCUGAUGUACUGUAACGCCGCCUCAGGAGAGUCAGGAGCAGAAUUACUGAGAUUAUUCAGCAGAAUCUGAGCUUUCACAAUCACAGGAAAUGCACUAAAAAUAAUUGGAUCUCUAAACAAGUGUGUGUUUUUGUUUCUGAAUUGUGUAUAUUUUAUUGAGACAUUAUGUAGUUGAAAUGAAAUAUUCAAAAAUGA